AUGUAUGUGAAAUGGUUUGAUACAGUAAUGUUGUACUAUGUGAUUUUAGUGUAUUUAGUGAAUGUCACUUUUUGUUAUUUUCAAAUUAUCCGCCGUUCCGUCCCUGUACGUCCCAGCGCUCACAGGGGACGGAACCCAGAUGACAGAUGCCGGCAUUGCCGGGGACACUGCAGGAGGGACAUUGCAGGAGCGCAGGACAAGGUAAGUGAAGAACAGAUCCCGGAGCAGCGCCGCAUGGUAAGCCUGAGUGUAGCUCGGGGUUACCGCUUUUGCUACACUCGGGAAUACCGACAGGGAGGUUAAGCU